AUGCAAUUAGUUGAUUUAGACAAUGGGUUCUUCAUUGUUCAUUUUGUUCUUGAGGAGGAUUUGUUGUAUGUGUUAACUGGGGGUCCUUGGGUAGUAGCAUGGCAGUAUGUUGAUAUUCAAAAGUGGAGACCAAAUUUUUGUGCAGGAGAGGAUCAUAUUUCUCGCCUUAUUGUUUGGGUGAGAUUAUCUGGUAUGGGAGUUGAAUUUUUCAAUUCUGAGACUAUUAAGUGUAUUGGGGAUUUGAUUGGCUCAACCUAUAAGGUAGAUGUUCAUAUUGUAGGUCAGAUGAGAGGUAAGUUUGCAAGUGUAUGUGUUGAAAUUGAUCUGAAUAAGCCUCUCAUCCUUUAUCUAGUUGUUGAAGGUACACGUGUGAGAGUGGAAUAUGAAAAUCUCCCUAUGAUUUGUUUUAGUUGCUGCAGAGUUGGUCACAAUAAAGAGUAUUGUCCUUUUGCUAACCCAGUCCAUAAUGACAAUGAGACUGAUAUGGACAUGACUAGGGAUAUUCAAGAAGAGAUGUGUUCUCAUCAAGUGGAGAAGUUAUGUAAAAUGACGUUUGAUUGA